UUCUGGGGUUCCCUGGUAAGGUAGGACAUCGGUUCCUAUUAGGUAUAAUACUGCCCUCCGCACCCCGAAGGUUCCCUCAGUGUAAAACGGCAGAUGGUCUAGUCCAGAGGAGGCGCUUGCCGCUGGCCACCGCGGAGACGCCUGGAGCGUGAAGGGCAGAUUGCGCACGCGUGCGCAGAGGCGCAGCAUGGGGGCGGGAGCCUUGGAGCCCCUUCCCCGCGUCCGAGAAGAUCAUUGCUAGGAAGAACUGUGGGUACAAUAAUGAACACAACGUAUGUGAUGAUGGCUGAAAUCUUAAGAUCUCAUCUAAUAAAAGCUUCCAUUAUUCCUAACCGAAUGAAAAUGGGUCCAUACCUUGGUGCCAUUAGAACUAGAAUGAUGUCAACUCAUAAAUCCGAAAAGAAGAUGAGAGAAUAUUAUACGCUGCUGAAUCUGGAUGAAGGAUGCUCUGCAGAUGAUGUCAGGGAAUCUUUUCGUAAGCUUGCCAAGCAGUACCAUCCAGAUGGUGGCUCUAGUACUGCUGAUUCUGCAACAUUUAUAAGGAUCGAAGAAGCUUAUAGAAAGGUGCUUCCCCACGCGAUAGAACAAACAAAUGCCAGGCAGAGUAAAGUUGAAGAAACAGAAGAAGAAGAAGAAGAAAAAUUCAAAUAUAAAACACCUCAACACCGGCAUUAUUUAAGUUUUGAGGGUAUUGGUUUUGGGACUCCAAGUCAACGAGAGAAGCAGUAUAGGCAAUUUAGGGCAGACCGUGCAACUGAGCAAGUGAUGGAAUACCAAAAGCAGAAACUGCAAAGCCAGUAUUUCACUGAUAGUGUAAUUGUUAAAGAUGUAAGAUACAGUAAGGAACAAAAGAUAACUCAAGCAAUAGAGCGUUUGGUGGAGGAUCUUAUUCAGGAAUCAAUGGCCAAAGGAGACUUUGACAAUCUCAGUGGGAAAGGAAAACCUCUCAAAAAAUUUUCUGGCUGUUCAUAUAUUGAUCCCAUGACUCACAACCUGAACAGAAUAUUGAUAGAUAAUGGAUACCAACCAGAAUGGAUCCUAAUGCAAAAGGAAAUAAAGGAUACUAUUGAUCAACUUAGAGAGGCAAUUUUAGUUUCAAGGAAAAAACUUGGAAAUCCAAUGACAGCAACUGAACUUAAACAGUGGAACCAAGUUUGUGAGCAGUUUCAAGAAAACAUCAAAAAACUAAACAAGCGAAUUAAUGAUUUUAAUUUAAUUGUUCCCCUCCUGACCAGACAAAAAGUCCAUUUUGAUGCACAGAAAGAAAUUGCCAGAGCCCAGGAAAUAUAUGAGACCCUUAUGAACACAAAAGAAGUCACGGAUAAAAACCCAAAUAACAUUGAUCAGGGAGAAGGAGAGAAAACACCUGGAGUCAAGACAGGUUUCUUUAACUGGAUGAAUGUGUGGAAAUUUAUUAAAAUAUGACCAUCUCAGUGUUCACAGUACUGCCCCAAAUCAUUUUCAGUAGUACUGACAUCACACAUAGAGGCCGAGAUUUCUUUCUAUAACGCGAGAGUCUGAGAACUGUGUGCCUCUGUAGCUGUCACAAAACAAAUCACAACUCCAGCAAUCUGUAAAUGAGAGAGCUGUAAGAAACUAAGUCAGAGAAAUAUUCAACCAGCUUUGCUCUGAAGAUAUGACAAGACAAGAGGAGACCCUACUUUUAAGGAAACAAUUUAAUACAUUUCAGAGCUUAAAUGUUGGUCAUCAGGUGAAAGGAGUUAGGACAGGGACUCGGGAUGGGAAUCCUAAAGGGUUUACAAAGUCUUAGUGCAGUUUUAAGCUCUAAUAAGUUAAAAACAGUUGCUGUUUACCAUCUUCAAACACAGGUACUUCAACAACAACAACAACAACAACUAAAAAUGUAUUAUGAGAAGUCACAAAACGAAAGAAGUAUGAAAUACCUCCAAAUGUAUGUUUUUUGCAAGUUUGCUGCAUUUGUACACCUGAGGUUACUAAAGCACAAAACUGUUCUAAGACUUUUGGGACAUUCCCUGUAUGGUUGGAAAUGUUAAGAUCAGAAAAUUAGCCUAGUGGAGUUAUGACACUUUUAUUUUUUUAUGAAGGCCUUCUCUCUGGGUCCUGAAUAAAGAAACCAACAAAUAUCUGAGUUGUAGUUUUUCCUACCUAACUUCACGAGCCAUUGGCAGCAUAGAUCCAUCAGCCAAACUAGCUGAUUUAGCUAUUCUAGAAGUAGACUCCAGUGUCCACUUUUAAAAAGUUUUGAGUGUAUUUUCUAACCUUUCAGAGGUGAAAAAAAAUAAAAUCUUUGGGCUCAGUGGAAACAAGAUUGCACUUUUCCAUCUCUCAUCAGAGUUGAAAUGUUAGGUUUACAUAAACCUACCUGAAGCCUUCUUUGUUAUGUAUCAAACUCCCCAGAGACUUUCUCAAUGAUAUGAAAAUCUCAGUUUAUUGUCUUAGGGAUUCAAUUGUCUGUCUUAGGAACCCUUUAGUAAACAAAGAUAAGGUGCCCACUUGCACCUUUGACAAAUAACAAGAGAUUGACAUCCAUGAGAUUGUGUCCCAUUCACUUUCAGAAAGAUCUGACUCUUAGGUUUGUGGAUUUGCCUUAUUCACAGAAUUGGGCAACUAGAAGGAUGUGGAGAGCGGUCAGAAGGAGCAGGUCUGUUUCCUUAUUUAAUUUGGAGCGCUGUACUAUGGAAGUGCCUCAGAAGCAAGGCCCUUGCUCCUUUGAUUUUGAAAGAACAAGUUAUUCUGUAAUGUGUGUGAUAGUUAAAUAUAAUUACAUCUUCAAAACGAAAUUUCAGACCUUUCUGCUUACAUUAUGGGGCAUUAAUUGCUAUAUGUGAUUAGUUUAUUGAAGGAGUUGUUAUUACCUUCUGUAAUGAUAUAUUACUGUAAAUACAAUUGUGAACAGUGUGAAAUAGGAACUUUAUAAUUAAAGCUAUAGCUCCGAAACAUUUUAGGAGGUGAUGAUUCUAUAAAUCUUGUUAAAUGUUAGAAUUAGAUAUGAUACCUGAUUACGUUGCAGCAACAUAUGUAAAGGAAACCAUUUUUUAUAUUAGAUAAUGAGAAGGUAAAUGUAUCAGAAAACUCUACUGAUUCCUAAUUUCAUCACAGCACACUUUAUGUUUGUAAAUGUUGUCUAUAUUAAUAAAUUUAAUAAAGUUAAUUUUAA